AGCCAUGUUAUUCUUUCUGUUCGCAGAAUUCUAUACGUCACAACUUGUCGCUGCACAGCAGGUUCAUGCGGGUGCAAAAUGAAGGAACCGGCAAGAGUUCCUGGUGGAUGAUCAAUCGCGACGCCAAGCCAGGCAAAUCCGCUCGUCGCAGAGCUACCACUAUGGAGAGCACCGGGAGUCUGGAGAAACGACGCGGCCGUUCGAAGAAGAUCGCCGAGGCUCUGAGAAACGGCGGACUGCUGGCCGAGCCCACGUCCAGUCCCAGCAGUAGCGUCGGAGAGGGUCUGGACCUGUUCCCGGAUAGUCCCCUGCCGCCCGCCGGCGGAUUCCAGCUGUCCUCUGAUACCUUCCGUCCUCGCGCUUCGAGUAAUGCUUCCUCCUGUGGUCGAUUGAGUCCUAUACCAGCGGUUCUCGGAGAACCAGAUUGGACACCGACCUACGCGUCUUCUUACAGCCCGGAACAGCAAUUAGCAGAUACGAUCCUAGCAGGCAACCUGGCCGAGACGAUGAAACUGGAACCCUACCAAAUAUACCAGACAUCACCGCCGGCUAGCCAUCAGCAGCAAACGGGCCCGCCGCCGCCUUACUACGAAUCGCAGUACCAGAGGAAUAACGGCCUACGCACUUCGUCAUCCGCAUCCUAUGGCCUGCCACCUACUCCGCAGUCGGCCAAUCAGCAAAGAUGUCCGAUUCACGGACUGCAGUCGUGCGCCUGUCAGAUGAACCUGAGUCCCGGCAUGUCACCGUCCGGCAUGUCACCGUCGUAUCAGCAGAGCGAGCCUAGUCCUACGACACUGGGCAGCAAUCAACAGCAAACGCUGCAAUACAUGAUUCAGACGCAACAGCGUCAACAGCAGCAGCAGCAACAGCAACAGCAACAGCAGCAGCCGCCACAACAUCAGUCGCAGCAUCAGCCGGCACAAACUGGGCCAGCCGGUCCUAGCCCACCUAACACGCCGACACCCUGUCCCGCCGCGGCCAGCACCAUGAUGGGCCAGCUGAUGGGUGCGCUCAAUCAUUCCGCCCUCGAUGACCUCAACAUCAACAUCGAAGCGAUGCAUGGCGGCUUCGAUUGCAACGUCGAAGAAGUAAUUAGGCAUGAGCUAUCGAUGGGUGGCACGCUGGACUUUAACUUCCAGCAAGGAGUGAUGGGCACGGUACAGGUCAGCGACGGCAACGUCGUCGGCCAGAACGGCGGCGUCGUUUCCCAGAACACGGGCGUCGUAAUCGGCACGACGACCGGCAACGCGCCGGGCGUCUACGUAAGCACGAAUGCGGCAACCCCCGCCGCGACCCCCUCGUGGGUUCACUAGCAGUUAACCCCCCUGCC